UGUAUAUAAUCCAACGUUAAUCCAUACACAUUAGAUCAACGUUGGGUUAAAAACAUUGGCUCAACGUUAAUUCAUAUACUUUGGAUCAAUGUGGGGUUAUACACAUUUGGUCAACGUUGAUCCAUAUACAUUGGAUCAACGUUGAUCCCUAUACAUUGGAUCAACGUUGGGUUUUGACUGGAAAAGCAACCAACUUUCACGAUGUUUUACAUACGUUGGACCAAUGUAAUUUUCCUAACUAUUUUUAAUCACAUCGUUAAUAAGGUGUUUAUUAUAGUCAAUAUAAGUACGAUAAAACUAACGUUAGAUCAAUGUUGUAUUUGCAUCGGAGAAAAUAGCCGACGUUUGCCAUGUAUUUACAUUCGUUGGCCCAACGUAAGUGUGCUAGCUGGGUAAGUAAAUAAUACAAACAAUUACAAUUAAAUUAACAAAAAACAAGUAGGAACUGAAAAAAACGAAUACGAACUGAAAAAAAUAUUCAUUGUUUUAUAGGUUACUAAUUUUAAACUUGCUAUUGUCGACUAGAUAAACCAUAACAUACAAGUAUUUUCUUUUUCUACGGACUAAAUUCCAAACAUUUAGUCUUUUUUUUUUUUUUUUUGGGAAACCCUAUUGAUCAUUUCACAGAUAGAAUCAGCAAACUACUUAGCAAAAAAAAAAAAAAAUCACAUCGAAGAUCUUUAUUGACCAGUCAAGAGCAUUUCACAUUCACUUGGGGCCUUGGGGUGGAAAAAAUUUUCUUUGCUAUCAUUUGUUCUGGUAAAGUCUGACCGUUUUUCAUUAAAUAAAGGAAAAUAGCAAAUUCUUUGGUUAAAAACCAAAUCGUCGAUUAAUCAACAAAAUCAUAUCAGUUGCAAUACCUGAAUCUUUUUCUUGAUACCAGUUCAUUGCAAAAAAGACUUUUUAACUAAAUUUCGAUUAAAGUUGCUGCUCUUUUUUUAUUACUUGGGUAUCUGGCUGUUGUAUCGACGCGUAUACUAAUUUUCCAAAAAAUUUUCCAAAAAAUUGUUAGUAUAUGCGAAAAAAAUCUCCCAGUCAGCUUUAAUUGACAGAACUUUUUUCUGCCACGCAAAUUGUUUUUGACGAUGCACGGUUGAUACUGACAUUGACAUAUUUAGUUUUUAUAUAUUAUUUUUUUAUAUAUUAAGUUUUUCUCCGCUUUUACAGAUGAUAGUUGAUUGAAAUAGAAGCUGUUGGCAAACUGAUAAACUACAUCGGUCUUCCACAGAUGCUGUAUGUCUUCCACAGAUGCUGUAUGCUUUUGAAAAAACUUUUGUUGAUAUUUUGAGGGGCUUUGUUAAAAGCGUCUUCAUUUUCUUUGGAGGUAAAGGAGUAAACUCCGUAUCUAUUUGAUCUUCUUAUCAGCACUAUCAAUUAAUUCAGUUGACCAUCGGUUGACCUUCUUCAAAUAUCAAUGCUCAGUCUAGCUUCUUGACGUUCUAAACAUUUUGAAACACCUAGAUUGAUGCUAUCUAUCAUGUAAUAUUUUCUCUUACUCUUUUGAUCUUCAUAAAAUUCUUCUUUUCAUUUUGGUCUUAUGAUACCAACUACUUGUCGCGUUGGUUUGACGCGUUGUUACUUUGUUACUAAAAAUACUUAUAUGAUUAAUUUUUAUUUGUGUAUUUUUAUACACCAACCAAAAAAAGAAUACAUAAAUAAAUAAAAAUAAGAUAAAUAAUUUUAGUUAAACAUAAAAAAUUUAUUUUCUAAAUUCUCCUAGUAUAAAAUUUUUAGUUAGAACCUUGUCAAACCAACGCGACAAACUGUUAAUGUGCAUUUACUACUGAAACGUCGCUAUGUUGUUCAAGUUCAUUACGAAAUCUGACAAUUUUUUUUUCUAGCUUUAACAUUUCGACUUGACAGCUUAAUUAUCUUUAUUUUAACCUUUUUUCCUAUAAUUUUGCAAGCAAUGAAAGGCAAGAGUUAUCUGAUUGAAUUGGUACUCCUUUCCCCAAACUUCGUUUAACUCACCAAGAACAAGGUGUUGGUUUAAAAAAAAAAAUGUAAAUGAGAACAUCUAGCUAACGCACGUUUUUUUGUAGGUAGGCGAUUGAAACUUUAUAUACGUACAUAGAGAUGUUUAUUUCGCAAUGCAAACUAUUUAAUCAAACAAUAACUUUUAGUGGUCAACCAUGCUCAAAAAUAUAUUUUGCAUACGAUGCACAGAAGGCCUGAGGUGAGUAAAACACCAGAAAACCAACUUUAGUGUAGUCAAAAUAGACUAAAAAUGGGGUCAACCUGGACAAAAUUUGUAAAAAGCAGUGUUUGGUAUCAUUAGAAGGGUAAUUUUAUGUACUUUAAGCAGUAAAAAGUCCACUAAAUAACUAUUUAGGAAAAAAAAGUUAUGGCUAUUUUACUUCGGGUCACUAUUUUCCAUUUUUGACAAUAUUAUAAUCUUAUGGAAUUCCUAAUUAUGCUGAGUUUGAUUAUUAUUGUUUAUUUAUAUCAAUAAAAUGUAAGUUUGUAUAAUUUAUUUUUAAUUCUUAGCAAUUUAUAAAAUGAGUUUUAUUUAUUCAACACAGGGGAUCUGGUACCAAGUUUAACACGCAAUAUAACAAGUUUUUGUUAUAUUGCUACCUUUUUUAUCUUUUUAAUGCCAAAUAAAUAAAAAUAUGCCAAAAAUAAAAUGUCAAACUUUAAAUUUUUUGUACAAAAACAUUGAGCAUUAAUCAUUUACUGACACAUUAAUGCGCAAAAUAUUUCUUUAGAAAUAGGCAUUUUAGAUUAUUUAAAAUUACGAAAAAAUGGAUGACGGUAUUUGCAUUAUCUGUGAAACAACCAACGCUUCACUUGUGGGAGAAAAAGGAACAAAAACUAUAUUUGAGUUUUCAAAGCUUAGAACUGAUUCCCAACUAACUAAUACAGCAUCAAGGUUCGUUCUGUUUGCAGAAAAAAUUAUACAAAUAAGCGAAGGUUGUCAAUUACAGAAAAUUCUUUUAAGAAAAAACGUAAGCUACGCUCAGAAGUAUGUUGUAAAUGAAAUGUCAAUUCGGUUAAUAUACUAAACUAUAUAAAAUAAAUGUACAUGGCAGAUGUUAAAAGAGUAAAAAAGACUUUUUGAAUAAAUUCUCGGUAGUAAUAAUAAAAAUAAUAAUUAUUUAAGGAUAUUUUUUUUUGGAAAAAAAAACUGUUUCAUUUGUGGAAGACUAGCUAUUGUGGUUCCUAAACAUCCAGAUCGUGUCAAUAUAAUCCAUGUAGAAACAAUAUGUUGAGAAGAAAAGCUUUUUAAAAUUUGUGAAAAGAGAAAUGAUGAUUGGUCAUUUAGUGUUGCCACCGUUUGAAUGGAUACAUUGAUUUUGUUGCCAGUGAAGCUGUGUAUCACUCUAAAUGCUAUCAACUAUUUUCAAUGAAUAGACAAUUAAAUUCAUCUGUUUCAAAACCUGGUCGUAGUGAGGAUAGCAAAAUGUCACAAAACUUUUAUUAACUUUGCAUGUAUUUUGAAGAUGCAAUGGCCCUUGUGACAACGUGUGAUAUGCAUACAAAAAUAAAUGAACUUGCUGAAUUGGAUGACAAAGUUUAUUAGAUGAAACAAAUGAAAAAAAAAGUUAGAGCUUUGAUAUGGCAAUGAUAUUGUAUUCGUAAAAAGCGACGGAAAAACUAACCUCAUUUGUUUUAAAGAUACUGCAAAUUUCAUAAUUCAGAAGUCCAUAAAAGAAAUGGCACAAAACAACAUAAGUGAAUGUGAAAGAAUUAUUAAAACAGCUGCAAUUCUUAUAAAAGUCGAAAUAAAUGCUCAAAACUUCAACACCAAAGAGUAACCCUCCAACUUAGAUAUUGAAAAUUAUCACAAUAGCUUAUCUCCUUUUCUUCGUCUUUUUAUGAGAAUUUUGAUAAAAGACGAACUAAAGCAAUCCUCAAUUGGUCAAGCAGUUACAAAAGCUGUAAGGUCAAGAUCAUAUAUACCACCAUUGCGGUUUGGAUUAGGUGUGGAAGCAGAUCAUAUGUUUGGCUCCAAAUGGUUAAUAAAUCAGCUAUUCAAACUAGGAUUUUCUAUUAGUCCGUCCGAGGUAACUCGAUACAAGCAUUCAGUCGUUAGGAAUGAAGAAAAAGCUAUUGUAGCGUCACUUAAAGGAUCUUUUACCCAAUGGGUAGGUGACUAUGUUGACCAUGACAUCUGCACUAUUGAUGGUAAAGAUACAUUGCAUGGCAAAGGGGAUUAUUGCAGUUGAUACAAAAGAUCUAAAUCAACCAUUGAAUAUACCAAUUCGAAUUAAAAGAGUAUUGUCUCAAAUAACAGAAAUGCACUCCCAGAAUAAGUUCCCAAUUCUUUUGUGCGAUACUCCAGAAAUGUCUUGUUUGUCUAAAAUCAUUUUCAAGCCUAUUUUUCAACUUCAAUCACCUUCAAUCAUACUUUUAUCUACUGAAAUUGAUCUUUUGUGGCAUUUAUUAAAUACAUUUUGUUCAAUUAGAAAUAGACCACAAUGGAAUGGUUUUAAGCAAAAGCAUCAAAAAAGUGAAAAUCAUUCACCAAAAAGUGACUUUUUUAUGCUCCCUAUAAUCAAUAUUAACCCAUUAGAUAAAAACUGUAUUUAUUCUGCUUUGAUAUUGGUAAAAAAUCAGGCUAAGGCUUUAGGUGUUCCACCAAGUGUAACAUUUGAACAACCUUUAUGGAUAAAGGCAUUUGAAAUUGCAAAUUCCCAAAAUCUUGGUAUAGUUGUUCGUUUAGGGGGUUUUCAUACUUUAAUAAGUUUUCUUGGAUCAAUUGGGACAAUCAUGAAAGGUUCAGGAUUUGAAAGACUGUUAGAACCAAUAUAUGCAAAGAAUUCAAUAUGCCAUAUAAUUUCUGGGAAAGCAGUAGCACGAGAACUUUGUGCACACUUUUUAGUUGAGUCGGCCCUGACUACACUUCUUCUAGAAGGUUUAGAAGCAACAUAUGAUCAAUCAGCUCUAAAAGAAAUCUAUCAAAAAUUAGUUAACCAAAUUAUAAAGCUAGACAAUGUCAACAAAUCUUCAAUUAUUGCAGUAAGUCAAAAACAGCCAAACUCUGGAUUGAGUAUCUUUAUUAUGUAAGCAUCAUCAAAAUGUUUAUACGAGCAGAAAGAACUGGUAACUGGGAUGAACAUUUAAAAGCUAUGAAACUAAUGUUUAAUAUUUUUGAAGCAACAGUACACAUUAUUUAUGCUAAGAGCGCACGUUUAUACCUUUAUAAAAUUCAAUCCUUAAAAUUUGAUCACCGGAUAAUAAUAAUACCGAAUAAUAAGAUCGGAUAUCAAUGUAUCAGAAAAAGUAAUCGUUGUUGGGCAGGUUUAAUCGUUGUUGGGCAGGUUUAUGGCCUGAUUUAGUCAUAGAACAAAGUAUGAUGAAAGCGAUUAAAAGCAGAGGAGGGCUAACACAUGGAAGUGGUAUGGCCACUAGUAUUAGAGAUCUUUGGGUCAAUACUAUGCAUGAACGUGCAUCAGUUCGUGCAGCAAUGACAUUGGUCACCAACCAAGAUUAUACAACCAACACACAGAGUGUGUUAGUUGUAUAAUCUUUCUGUAACACACAGAAUGUGAUGAUGCACGACAAAUUAGAGAUGAAAAAGAUCUCAAAGUCAUAAUAGAACAACUUCUUCGGUAUAAUCCAUUUAAUUGCCAAGACCAAAGACUGCGAUGCAUUUUUACGAGAUUAACUGCCGCUGAAAAUGAUGGUAUAAACUGUGAUGAUGCCGAAAAGAUAGGAUUAAAGAUUCAAAUGGAUCUUGACAAUAUAGUUGUUAACAAAGCUGUUGCAAAACGUUCUGAAAAAGCUAAAAGUCUAAUAACGUUACACCCUGGAAUUAAAGUUAAUAAUGAAACGGUUCAUGUGAACCCAACUAUUCUCUUUCAAAGACUUAUCAUGUUAGCUGAACAAUCAGAAGACAUUACAAGUUGCUUUGAGUAUGAGCCAACACCUGAACUAACAUCGCUUUUUAAAGAUGGUCUUAUGAGGACAUCCAAUAAAGCAUUACUUAGUAAAGUUCUUAUAUGUAAUUCUUCAACUAAACAAUCAAAUAAGCUAAACAAAACCAACUAUGUUUUAGAUGGGGGAGCAUUACUACACAAAGUUCUUUGGAAAAUUCCUUCUACAUUUGGUGAUAUAUUUCAAUAGUAUUGCAAUUAUAUUGACCAAAAGUAUGGGAAAAAUACAACCGUGGUUUUUGAUGGCUACAAACUUUCGACGAAAGACCAUGAGCACCAAAGACGAGUAAAAGUAAAAUUUCCAGAUCUUGCUCUACAUCUUCAAACGGAAAUUAACUGGAAACAAGCCGAUUUUUUAUCAAACAAAAACAACAAAACUAAUUUAAAAAUUUAAAACUAAAUAGCUUCUUAUCAAGUGCUUUGAUAUUACAUGGUCAUGAUUGCACUAGACAAUGACGCUGAUAAAACUAUAGUUUUGAAAAGUCUUGAAAAUGCAAGCCAAGGAAAAUAUACUAGCGUUGUUGCUAAUGAUACAGACAUACUUGUUUUACUUUUGAACAUGUGGCAGCUAUCAAUGAGUAAUAUUUUCAUACGUCAUGAAGCUCGUAAAGGCAUCUCAUUAUUGCCAACUCAUGUAAGAAGCAAUCUACUAUUUAUUCAUGCUUGGGGCGGAUGUGAUACUACAUCUUCAUGUUUUGGGCAAGGAAAAACUGCUGCCAUGAAGCUAGUAGAACAAAACAGCAUUUUAAUUAAAAAGGUUUGUCUUGUAUUCAACAACCUUUUUGCAACACAAGAACAAGUUUCAUCUGCUGGAAUACAAUUUGCUAUAAAAGCUUAUGGUGAAAACAACGAAAAAGGAAGCCUUGCAUUGAUGAGAAAAUAUAAGUAUAUGCAAAUGGCAACAUCAUCCUUUAAAGAUAUUCAACCAGAAAGACCUCCACCAACAGAAGAUGCAAUAAGAUAUCAUUCUUUAAAAGUGGACUUGUAGAUUUUGCAAUGGUUGAAUAUUGAACAUAAACCAAUUGAGUGGGGAUCGAGAAAUCAAAGCAAUAACUUAGUCUCAAUAAUGACAGAUAAGUUAAAGAAAAAGAAAAGAAAAGAAAAUUCGAUUGAGUAACUUAGGUUAUGUUAUAUGUUAUUCGAUAUGUAAAAUAAGUUAAAAAUAUUUUAUUUCAUUUCAGGCUGCAGCAUCAGAGCACAUUCUUAGCAUUAUCCGAUGUAGCAGUAGUAUUACAACAAAGAAAUCUUGCAACAACGCUUGUCCUUGUAAAUGGCAUAGUAUUAGGUGCAUGAGUGCUUGCAUACAGUGUCAUGUAAUAGAUUGUCAUAGUUUAAUGUCUUUGUUUGAUAACAACGAUCAAGGAGACAACGUCGAUGAAGUAGAAGAUAGAAACAUAUUUGAUAAGUGGUUCAAUUUGUUUGAAUAAAAUCAUUUUACACUUGUAUUGGGUGUAAUAUACUCAAUAAAAUGAGAAAUUUUUAAUUUUUUUUACAUUUGCAUAAAUAUUGAAAAAAAACCUAAAUUUCUAAAAGAACAAAAAAAUGUGGGGGGAGGCCACCCCCUGGCCUCCAUGGUGUCGAUUGGAUGUAUUGUAUUUUUUAAAAAUUGCCUAUUAUAUAUUAUAUAUUUAUCAUUUUUGAUGACAUAUUAAUAAAUAGAAAAACCAUUUAGACAUUUAGUGCUUUUUUAAUGAAAGUGUUAAAAAAUGACGUUAUUACACAAAAUGUUAUUGCGACAAAAAAUAGUGUAAAUAAUUUUGCCCAAAAGUUUAUUUGGUGGACUUUUUCCUGUUAAAUGUACAUAAAAUUGCGGUUCUAACGGAACCAAACACUGCUUUUUACAAAUUUUGUCUAGGUUGACUCUCAAGUUGACUACACUACUUCUAUAUUGGAGUAAUUUCUUUUCCUAAAUGCAAUCUAGAGACUCCCAGCACUCGUAAAACUGAUAUAAUUUCUUUCCUACUAUAAUUUUUGAGCUCAGUUAAUUAAUUUAUAAUUUUUUUCCUAAUAUAAUUUUUGAGCUAAAUUGAUCAAUUUUACCACAAAAACUGCAAUAUUUUACCUUUUAAAUAUUGGUCACAAUGAAAAAGAUAUACAAAAGAGGUUAGUAAGACAGUUUUACAACAUUUUAAUUUCUUAACGGUAUAUAUUAGUCCAUAAACAUUAUAUAUUGAUAUAAGAAGAAGUAUGAAGAUCUAUUUUUUAUGCAUGUAUUUUUUUAAAGUGAUUUUCAAUAAAAUCUCUUUAUAUGCGCAACCUUUUUUUUAACGCUUACCUUUACACAUGCAGAAAAACACAAGGCCAUAAAUGUUAUAAACCUCUCAUACAAAAUUUAAAACAAAAUUUUCUGAGCUCAGCUGAGCGAAGUAAGGGGCUAGACUUUUUGUUAUAAAUGAUUUCCAAUCAUACAUUUUGCCAUAAAAAACUGAAGAAGAAGCAUAAGGAACGUUUUUAGCUUUUUAAUCAUUUAAGUCCUGUUAAAACCUACGGGCACACAGUGAGUCAAAAUCCAUAAAAAACGACAAAAAAAACCCCAUAAAAAACUAGAAAAUAAAUAAUUAAAUUAUAAUGUAAGUAAAAACCACUAAAAGACAAAAGUUAAUUUUUUUGUGAAUAAUUUUUAAGAUUUCACCAAUUUAUACCCCUUUAA